AUAAAAAAGCCAUGGAAAAUAAAAUACGACGACUUACACAUGCACUGAAUGAUAUUCAACAAGGCUUUGAAGGCUGCUGAUACGCUUGCUGUGAGGCAGAAGAGAAGGAUCUAUGAUAUCACCAACGUUCUGGAGGGGAUUGAUCUCAUUGAGAAGAAGUCAAAAAACAGCAUUCAGUGGAAAGGAGUAGGUGCUGGCUGCAAUACAAAAGAAGUCAUAGACAGGCUGAGGUAUCUGGAAGCUGAAAUUGAAGAUUUAGAGCUAAAAGAAAAAGAAUUGGAUCAGCAGAAACUGUGGCUUCAGCAAAGUAUCAAGAACGUCAUGGAUGACUCUACAAACCACCAAUUUUCCUAUGUCACCCAUGAAGAUAUCUGCAACUGUUUCAAUGGAGAUACACUUCUAGCAAUUCAAGCACCUUGUGGUACACAGUUAGAAGUACCUAGACCUGAAAUGGGACAGAAUGGACAGAAGAAAUACCAGAUCAAUCUUAAAAGUAAUUCAGGACCUAUCCAUGUGCUGCUUAUAAAUAAGGAAUCGAGCUCCUCCAAGCCCACAGUGUUUCCGGUUCCUCCACCCGAUGACCUUGCACAGCCCCCAUCUCAGCCUGCAGCUCCAGCAACUCCACUUAAAUCAGCUGCAGCUCCUCCAAAUCCCCCAGAACAACACGACCCGAACCAAGGACAAGAGUUACCGCAAACAGAAGUUGUGGACACACCAUCAGAUGGCAGUGCCCAGCGGGACAGCGCAGGCCCCGCAGCUCCUUACUCCAGCCUUCCGGAGCCAGAGCUGUACCCCAGCCUGUCUGGAGACAGUGCCCAAGCCUCAGCCAGCUCCAGUGACUACCAGAGCUUGCUGCCUCUGGAUGUCAGCUGUAUUCUCAAGCCAAACUCAUUUGACAUGGCAAAGAUGGAGGAGCCUGCAGGAAAUAUCAGUGGAGAUAUUAUUGAUGAACUCAUGUCUUCUGAUGUUUUUCCUCUUUUACGACUCUCUCCUACUCCCGGAGAUGACUACAACUUUAACCUGGAUGAUAAUGAAGGAGUCUGUGAUCUCUUUGAUGUGCAGAUACUAAAUUAUUAGAUAUUGUGUCAACCAGACUACUUAUCUACCUCUAACUGUAACAUUCUAGACUUCUUCAUAACCUAAGUAUUUGAAUAAUGAAUGUAUAACUUCUUAGUUCACUGACUCUGGGAGUAUAUUUCCUUUUGCUUCCUUUAACUACUUCACAAAACAAUUCAAGAACUAGAAAAAAAGGGCUCUUAUCAAAAAUUCUGGCACUUUUUCACCUGAGUGUUUUUCUGUCUAAGCCAAUUGUCUGGAGCUUUC